GCAUGUACAUUGGAAGCCCAUUUGAAGAAAAAUGAGAGGGAAGACAUUCUUGACAAAGUUGAUUUAGCCAUACCAAUUUUCCACUGCUAUGGACACAAGUCAUCUUGCCAGAUACAGUUCAGCCCAAGGCGACUACAAGGCUAUGGUUUAACUGAUGGUGAAGGAAUCGAAAGGUUGUGGUCAUAUUUAAGAGGUUUCUCUUCAAUGACCAAGGAAAUGAGCCCCGGGCGACGUACAGAUAUGUUGACCGAUGCUUUGCUGCAUUAUUCCUCACGCCAGCUUCGUACAUGUGGAUUUCAACUUGCGAACAAGCUAAAGAAAUGUCCAGUACUUCUUCAAAACGCAUUGUUGCAAUUGGAAGAACUGUUCUCUGCGUUAUCCGUUCCAUAUGAUGGAGAAGUAAUUAAGAAGUGGAUGAAAGAUGAGGAAAAUCUGAUUUUAACGAGAGCCAAAACCAAAUUCACUUUGACGUGGCAGCAGAAGUACGUUCAGAAUCUAAUUCAUUUGAAUCAGCUGAGAUUGAAUGUUGCAUCUAUUGAGGAAGGCGCACAUGACCAACUGGUUGAAGUGGUUAAAAAAACAAAAGAGGUCAUGAAGACACUGAAAAGUAUUGAGAAGUGUAACAAGCUGCCGAAGAGGUGGAAACCAGGUGAAGCACAUUUUAAUGCGGCAGCUCUUGGUUUGGAAAAUCAAAGACGGGAUACAAUUGUGGAGCAGACGUAUAAUAUGGCAGUGGAGAGGAUGUUUCUUAUUUCUCUUAAAAGAAAAUAUUCAGAUGGUCAAGCAAUAGCAACGAAAUUAUCGAAGCAAAUAAACAGAAAAACAAAUGCGAUCAAGAGUACGGUCACCAAGUAUAAUGCCUCCUUAGCUGCUUUGCAGGAAUUGGUUGAUGGAUUGCCCAAAGAGUUGAACUUUGACGAAGCUAAGGAUCCUGAGUCUAGUCUUUACAGAACAUAUUGCGACGAGAGUACUGUUGAGAGUGUCCCUUUUUCUGUGAAAAGGUCUGCAAUUGACCUACAAAAUUUCUUAGAUCGAUGCAAAGAGGAGCAGCAACUCUUGUUGAAGGAAAUGGAAAUGCUAUUUGACCAUUAUUUGAAAAGAAGAGAUUGUCUGGAAGAGAGUUAUCAACUUCACUCGCAGAACGACUGCAGACUUUCAAAUGGGAUUUGUACUGUGGUGAAAAGUGAAAUUUGCGAGACAAACAAUAUUUUGCUUUCCUUAGGAACCACAUUUCGUAAUCAUUUAGAUGCACCUAUUCUUGACACAAUUUCUGGGAUUACUGCUACAACAUCUUCUCAUCUGUCGACGUCCUUGUUCCAGGAGACUAUUGAAGAUGAUGAAAUCGCAGUUAUAGAAGAGCAGGUUAUAGAAGAUCUUGUUGAUUUGUUAGAUGGUGAAGAUGACGACGAUACUGCAGCUCAUUAUCAAAGUGAUUGUGAUGGUGGUAAUGUUUGAUGAACAUUCCACAACAUGAACUAGAACAAACUGUAAUAAUAGUGGUAUUCUAUAUGUAGCGAUUUAUGCCUAGAAAAUGUACAAAUGUGUUAGUUUACCUCAAUCCAGCGACAAUGAGUGGGUGGCACCCCAUGAUACCCCUGCCAUUGAGCAGUU